UUGAACUUUUGGCAAUGAUUUUUUUUUUUUAUUGGAAAUAGUUUUGUGAUGACGAGACUGUUAGAAUACUGUAUAUACCAUGCCUAUAAUAUUAUGUAAUCAAACUCCUGGUUUACAGGAGGGUCUUUAGGAUAGCAAGUAUGGGACUCCAUAUUGCAGCAUAGUUGUCCACAUUCUCAGGAGCUUUUUUAGGAAAAACAUUAUGGCUCAGCAUGGCUUGUCUCUUGUAUAUAUACUCUUCAAUAUCAAAUCAACAUACACAUAAGAAAAUUAAAAACACCAAAAAUCUGUCAACUUUUAUCUUGGUAUCAGAGCCGGGUUCCGAUCUCCGACGACCGGCAACCAUCGGUUUCAUCAUAUACCAUGGAAUCCGAAAAACAACCCAAAAAACAAACCAUAGUGCCAAAAUCAGUCACUAUGGACGAUCUAUUGCAACUAGUUACACAGUUAAACACCAAUAGAUCAACCUCAGAAACCUUAAACCAAGCCAUCCAAAUUUCCAAAAAAUUAAACCACAGUAAUUAUACUAAGUGGUCAAAGCUAAUGCAACUAGCUAUUGGUGGACGCGGAAGGCUCAACCACAUCACGGUCGUUCCACCGUCACCAACCGACCCAGAGAUUGUUAAAUGGACUCAAAGGGACUCUAUUGUCAUAUCAUGGAUAAUUGACAAUAUUGAACCAGAAUUACAGAAUCAAUAUCUCGAUUAUCCAACAGCAAACGAGUUAUGGAAGAGCAUCGAAAUAAUGUACGGAAGCGGCAGGGAUGGUUUACAGAUUUUUGAUCUUAUGACCAAAGCGAACAAAAUCCAGCAAGGGUCAAACGCAAUAGAGGUGUAUUACAGUAAACUCACCUUAAUUUGGAAAGAAAUAGAUCGGAGAUUGCCAAACCCUAUGAAAUGCUCAGAAGAUAAAACGGUUUACAACCGUAUGGCGCAACAAAACCGCCUCUAUCAGUUUCUUGCGGGACUCGAUGAGGCUCUUGAUAAAGAUCGGAGAGAUCUGAUUAAUUCAGACCCUCUUCCAACAAUUGAAGUAGCAUAUGCAACAAUCAGGAGAGAGAUUUCUCGAAAGGAAAUCAUGAAAAAGGAAAAAACCCCAACUGAAGACUCCGAAAUUGGUAGUGGACUUGCGGCCAGAGGAAAACCAGAAAAACCGAAGUUCCGGCGGGACGAUGAGCGAACACACCUCCGGUGUACCCACUACGGGGGAACCCGACAUACAAAGGAGGGUUGCUUCAAACUCAUAGGGUACCCGGAGUGGUGGUCUGAACGGAAGAAAAAGGGGGAAAAUCAAAGAAGCGGGAAAGCAACCGAUGCCGGUGAGUCGUCGGCCGAAGAGAAAGAAGAAGGGGGACUUGCGGCUGCCAUUGUUAGCACAGGAUUCUCAGACAGGGAGGAUCAUUGGGCGUGGUACUGAGGAGAAUGGGUUGUAUUAUGUUGAUCAGGUGCCUCAAAGUGGUUGUGCAACUUUUGUUCGCGGAUCGGUUGAGCAUCAACUCUGGACGUGGCAUCGCCGACUGGGUCAUCCAUCUUUAGGGUAUUUAAAAAAAAUUGUUUCCUUCCCUUGUUAAUGCAAAAUUAAAUUUUUAUUGUGAGGCAUGUAUGUUAGCAAAAAGUCACAAACAUUAUUAUCCUAGUAGCACUACCCGGACCGAAAAACCUUUUGUUUUGAUUCAUUCUGAUGUGUGGGGACCUGCCCCAAAGUUUAGUAAACAUGGUUUUCAGUAUUAUGUAACUUUUAUUGAUGAUUGCACUAGGAUGAGUUGGAUAUAUUUCUUGAAAAACAAAUCUGAUGUUUGUGAUACUUUUAUCUCUUUUUACAAAAUGGCCCAAACACAAUUCCAGACACAAAUCCGAAUUUUAAGAUCUGAUAAUGGAGGGGAAUACAAAGACCAUGAGCUUGAAACCUUUAUAAAUGCAAAUGGCCUAAUUCACCAAACCACCUGUCCGGAUACACCACAGCAAAAUGGUGUAGCCGAACGGAAAAAUCGAACACUCUUAGAAAUGACCCGAGCAAUGAUAUUUGAAUCAAAAGUUCCCUCUUAUUUUUGGCCUGAAGCCAUAGCUACAACAAAUUACCUUACAAACCGACUUCCUACAAAAAGCCUUGACCUAGCUACUCCCAUAGACACUCUUAAAACUCAUACGAGUA